ACUUAGUUACCACCAACCACAACACAAAAAAGAUGAAAAUACAAAGAAAUACUUCUCUUUAGUUUACCAAAAUCACAUACCGCGUUUGACCUUGUAAAGCCCGUCUUCCAUGAAUCAAAUGUAGAAGAAGAACAAUUUAAAGACUUUUUCAUUUCUUCAAAAAUCUUAGUUUAAUUUGCAGCACAAACUCAACCCAAUCAAUUACUUUAAAUCCAGCCGAUCUCCAGCUCAUCUCUUACCCACCAUCAUCUCCACCAAUCAAGCUAUUCUGACACACCUACAAAUACUCAACUUUCCUUUUAAAUUCUCUCUCUUUUAAUCAAAUUUUCUCAUCUGGGUUCUCUGAUCAGAGCUUUUUUAAAUCUGGGUUUGCCUCCUUUCGGGUUAAUUUUCAUUUCUUGGUGUUGGGUCCGCCAUGGCGGACUUAGUGAAGCAAAUUCUGGUAAAACCGAUACAAUUAGCUGACCAGGUAGUCAAAUCAGCUGAUGAAGCCAGUUCUUUCAAACAAGAAUGCGCAGAACUCAAAUCCAAGACUGAAAAACUCGGUGCUCUACUCCGACAAGCAGCUCGCGCCAGUUCCGAUCUGUACGAGCGCCCCACUCGUCGGAUCAUCGACGAUACUGAACAAGUUCUUGAUAAAGCUCUCACUCUGGUUCAAAAAUGUCGCGCUAAUGGCCUAAUCCAACGUGUUUUCACUAUAAUCCCGGCGGCCGCUUUUCGAAAAAUGGCUUCUCAGUUGGAGAAUUCGAUCGGCGACGUUUCUUGGCUUUUAAGGGUUUCGGCCUCCGCCGAUGAGCGGGCCGAUGAGUAUCUGGGUUUGCCUCCGAUUGCUGCUAACGAGCCGAUUUUGUGUCUUAUUUGGGAGCAAAUUGCGAUUCUGUCAACUGGGUCUUUAGAUGACAGAUCUGACUCUGCUGCGUCGCUGGUUUCGCUGGCUAGAGAUAAUGAUCGGUACGGGAAAUUGAUUAUUGAAGAGGGUGGAGUUCAGCCAUUGUUGAAGCUAGUCAAAGAAGGUAAAAUGGAAGGUCAAGAAAACGCUGCGAAAGCAAUCGGGUUACUAGGUCGUGACCCGGAAAGCGUUGAGUAUAUGAUUCAUACGGGUGUUUGUUUAGUGUUUGCGAAGAUACUUAAAGAAGGUCCCAUGAAAGUUCAGGCUGUUGUUGCUUGGGCUGUCUCAGAACUCGCUGCGAAUUAUCCGAAAUGUCAGGAUCUUUUCGCUCAGCAUAAUAUUAUUCGGUUACUCGUCGGUCAUCUUGCGUUUGAGACGGUGCAGGAGCAUAGUAAGUAUGCUAUUACUAGCCAUAAGGCUAUUUCGAUUCAUCAUGCUGUUGUUUUGGCUAGUAAUAAUACUUCAGUAGAUAAGGUAGCAUCACCAGCAUCGUAUAUCGAUGAUGAUCAUAGUCGAAUUGCUCAUCCUACGGGUAAUCAGACGCCUAAUCAAUUGCAUAAUGUUGUUACUAAUACUAUGGCUAUGAAUGCUGCCUCGAAGCAGCCUCCGCGUAGUAAUAGUAAUAGUAAUGGAACCAAUGCUGUGAAGAGCAACAAUGUUUUGAAGCAAAAUAAUGUAGCUCACCAUCAGCAGAGUCAUUCGCUUUCCGGGGUUAGCUUGAAGGGCAGGGACCUUGAAGAUCCUGCUACUAAGGCGAAAAUGAAAGCGAUGUCUGCCCGAGCACUUUGGCAGCUUGCCAGGGGAAAUUCGGCUAUUUGUCGUAGCAUUACUGAAUCCAGAGCUCUCUUGUGUUUUGCGGUUCUGUUAGAGAAGGGAACUGAAGAGGUUCAGUUCAACUCUGCUAUGGCAUUGAUGGAGAUCACAGCUGUAGCAGAAAAAGACCCGGAUUUACGAAGAUCAGCAUUCAAGCCUAAUUCGCCCGCUUGUAAAGCUGUCGUUGAUCAAUUGUUGAAGAUCAUUGAAAAAGCUGAUUCGGAACUUCUUUUACCUUGCAUCAAAGCUAUCGGGAAUCUCGCAAGAACAUUUCGUGCGACCGAGACUAGAAUGAUUGCCCCAUUGGUUAAGCUUCUCGAUGAGAGGGAAGCUGAGGUUUCCAAAGAGGCUGCAAUCGCCCUUUCGAAAUUCUCCUGCACUGACAACUAUCUCCACCUCGAUCAUUCAAAGGCAAUCAUACAAACUGGAGGGGCAAAGCAUUUGAUCCAGCUCGUGUAUUUUGGCGAACAAGUAGUUCAAUUGCCGGCAUUGCUUCUGCUAAGCUACAUAGCUCUUCACGUUCCGGAUAGUGAAGAGCUUGCGCAGGCAGAGGUGCUUACGGUGCUAGAAUGGGCAUCAAAGCAAUCAUUUGUGACUCAAGACGAAACGUUCGAUUCAUUGCUUCCCGAGGCGAAAAGUAGAUUGGAGCUUUAUCAGUCAAGAGGUUCGAGGGGAUUUCAUUGAUUUUAUAUAUCAAAUUUUCUAAAGUAUGUUGUUGCAUAUAAACUUCUUGUUUAUUUAUUAAAUUGGUGCCAUUUUGAUGUUAA